AUGUCGAUGGACACCGUCAGGAAUGUUGUUGUAAUCGGGGCUGGCGUAAUAGGUCUCACUACUGCGCUCAAAAUCCAGGAGAAGGGCGGGUACAAGGUAACCGUUAUCGCAGAGACCUUCCCCUCCGAUCCCAAGUCCGUCAGAUACACGAGUCCUUGGGCUGGAGCUCAUCAUGUCAGUCAUGCCGCCGCUGACGUGCAGCAACGGAAGAUCGACGAGGAGACCUUCAAAGUGAUGUGGGAUCUCUCCGCCCCAGGCGGCGACGCGGAAGGCUGCUUCCUACGUAUCAAGGAAAAAGAAUGGUUCUACGAUGGCAGAAACACGCAUCUCGACUGGAUGCCCGACUUUCAGCAGCUCCCCGAGGACCCACUCCUCCCGAACGCGCGUAUCGUCUCAUUUACGACGUUCACGAUCGAUACGCCGGCGUACCUGAACUACUUGCUGUCCCGCUUCCUUGCGCGUGGCGGCAACGUCGUCCGGAGCACGGUGCAGCACAUCAGCCAGAUCGUCGAGGGCGGCGCGCAGGUGUUCGCUCGCGGACGUGCGUCGCCGACGCCCGUCGAUGCGUUGGUGGUUUGUCCCGGGCUGGGUGCGCGCACGCUUGGCGGCGUUGAGGAUAAGAACGUGUUCCCGAUCAGAGGACAACUUGUCGUCCUUAGAGCUCCCUGGGUGAACUUUGGGCGGACAGCCAGUCACGAGAAGCAGGGCGUGUGGACUUACAUUGUUCCGCGAAGGAGCGGCGAUGUCAUCAUUGGAGGGACGAAAGUCGACAACGACUGGUAUCCCGUAGCGCGGCCUGAGACUACACAGGACAUUCUGACGCGCUGCCUCGCUCUCUGCCCCGAGCUUGCGCCAGCCCAUGUCCGCGCCGAGCGUGCUCCGACGGUGGAGGAUCUGUACCCUCUGAUCCAGGAAGAAGGCUGCGGUUUCAGGCCUGCAAGGGCAGGCGGCAUCAGACUGGGAGUUGAAUGGGUCGAUACGCCGGGGAAGAAGGGAAAGAUCCCAGUGGUGUUCAACUACGGCCACGGCGGAGGCGGCUAUCAGUCGUCUUGGGGGUCAGCUUCCGUCGCGCUCGACCUGUUAGAGAAGGCGCUCGUAGGAGAGCAGUGA